GGGAGUGGAGCCCGUCAACUGAGGCGACGCGACGCGAGCCGCAGCCGAAGCGGAUCACAGUCGGCAGUUGUUGUUAUUGGGGACCGUUUCAUCCUUGUGCUGCUCGUUCAAAACGACGGUUAUUUUGAAUUUCUCCCGCGAUACAGCGCCGCUCUGUCGCCGAGUGUUGCUGUGAACUCGUAGUUAUCUGUGUGGAGUGGUUUCGACUACAGAUUGUGUUGUGAAACCUGUUUGUGAUUCGACAGUGGCCAGUAAACUGACUAUGAGUGCGCGUGUGUUUAACCCGCUGGUGAUGUCCGAGAUGCGACGAAUGAUAGGAAGAAGCAACAGCGACGUGGGCCCGAAUCCUGCGGCCAUCGCGAGGGUCAGGAGAGGUCUGUUCGGUCCUGUGAACCACGAGGAAGCACAGUCAUUCGUGGACAAGGAACUUGCAGCCAUGAGACAGCUAAAGACGGACAGGUGGGGCUUUGACUUUGUGAAGGAGGCGCCUUUAGAGAACUCCAGACUACGGUGGGAACGUGUCACGCCCGAGGAGAACAUCCCCGAGGCCUACGCUCUGAGGAGACUAUCGUUCCUGGGACAGCAGACCGAGGCCGCGACAGUGAGAUCGAGAGAUGUGUCCACGUCCACGACAGCCACCACAACCUCCAGUAGCUCUGCACAAGACACGGCACAGAGAACCAAACCUGCAAACAAGCAGACGCAAUUAACAGAUUUCAUGAAAUGCCGUAAGAGGUCGUUCAGCGCAGGGGAUAUUUCAUCGAGAAAGGUUGGCAGCGCGUCGCUCGGGGAUAUUUCAUCGUCCAAGGUUGGCACCACUUCGGAGUCCUCCAAGCGCAAGCGCAGCAAGACGCGGCAAUAACCUCACCUUCUGCGACCUUCAAAGAUCUCAUCUCAACUGUUUCAAAGUUUACUAUGUACAACGAGUUAUAUUAGACAAAAUAUAUAUUGUAGAUAGUUUAGAGAUAAAUGUAUAGUACCAGAGAUGUAGAAUAAUUUAUAAGAGUUUUAUUUUGUACUGUAAUUAGAUACAAAAAUAUAUUAUUUUAUCUUUUCUUUGAUCUCCAGGCUCGUCGGUUUAGGAAGGGUUAUUUGCUGUUAUUUUCUUUGUUCCAUUUUAUGAUAUAACUUAUUUUCACUAUUCUUUGUUCACCAUUUUACACUAUACUAUACUGGCAGUGGUAUAUAUAUUCAGCUUAGAAUUUCAAAGUUUUUUUUAGUUUAAUUAAAUAGUUGUUUAUUAUUUCGCCUACUGUGCUGUUAAAACAGAUUUAUUCACACAGUGCUGUUAACUGUCGAUUUACUUGCUUUUGUUAUUGUAUUUGGGCUUUUACUCUUCUACCAAUAGUGUAUGAUUUACAAUUUUACACCGAGAACAUAGUAACACGUAUGUGGGAUUGAGAAGACGAUAAGUACAAAAUUAGUCGUUAUCUUUAUGUAAGUGCAAAUUUAUAGCUAUAACCAAAACGCUGCUAGAAUUUAUUAAUAAUCUUAACAUUGUUGUACUAACUGUCUCUCUGUUUUAUUUCCGAAUGUAGCUUAAUAGUAGUUUAACUUUUAAAAUGUUUCGAUUCGUACCAUUUAACUGUUCUAUGAUUAAGAGUAGACUUGUGUUUUAUUCUGUCUGGUUUGCACCUACAUUUUGUUCACACUCAGCGCCAGGUGUAUAAGCUUUAGACAUAGUUAAGGCGCAGGACAUGAGCCCCCAGAUCUCACCUGGGUGUCCAAAGAGAUGUUGUACCAAAGCGGUGGGGGCUUGUGUCCUGUACAACUGAAGGUAGAGUUAGGCACUUCACCUCCACCAAGUGCUCAGUUCACUCAACUCCACACAUUUUGUCAACUUAAUGUAAUUUGCAAGAAAAUUGUCCUCAGGCUGAAAACUCUUCAGUUUUAAUGGACCUAAAUAACAGUUACAAAUGUAAGACAUUCGAUUAGUACUUUUUUUACACAGUAACGACAACAAAUAUUACUUGAACUGAGCACUUAAAUUCGUCUCAUAUCUAUCUGUACUAGCCCUUUACAACUUAUAAUGUGGUUAACUUUUUUAUGUUUGACUGUUUUUCGUUUAAGUGACUUUAUUUUAAUUCUUUUCCUACAUUUUCUCAAGUUUCUUUGACAAAUUGUAGAUAGUUAUUCAAUAUUUACAUCAUACCGUGUUUAAAAUCAUAUUUCUCUCGACCAGUGUGCAACCAUUGGUACAAUUACUGAUCACAGAUUACUAAUUACUAAUCACAAUCGACAUAUUACUCCGGUGCUGCUCUAGAAUGAAGGACUGCUCGAUCUCGUUGCACUAAAUAAAUAAAAAAUAAUAAAAUAUAUAUAUUUCUUUGUUAAUAUCUAAGAUUAAUUACUGUAACACCUGUGAUGUAUUAAUAUUGAUCUCAAAAUAUAAUUAUUUGUAUUUGUGUAAAAAGAAACGAUGUUAUGGUUUGUAGUAUAAGGGGUCCCCCAUGGGGAAGGUGUUUCAUCUCUGUUGUUAAAUCUUGUAGAAUAUAUAUUGAGAUGAAAUAAAUUGUUUAACACUAU